CUCUUAUCGCUUUUUCUUAUGUUACAUAGCCACAAGUACUUGGAUGGCUUGAUGGAAAACAGCACGGUUGGUCGGCUCAUCCGGCACCAGCGGGCCUCCUUCCUGUUUGGCGAGCCCCACUGGGAAAUGGGCUGCCAGGGGCUCAGGCUUUCCAGAAUCCGAACCGAAGCUCAUGAAACACGCGAGAAACUCAAUUGCAUCGAUGCAUAAUUUCCAUCGUCAACUCUCCUCUUUCGCAAACGCAACUUAUUCCUCAACAUGUCAACCUGAACAUCUUACUGCGGGACCCUCUGACACUCAGAAAGGCGCACGUCGAUCUUAUGGAAAAAGGCCGUGAACCCCGUCUUCCAUAUCUGCUACGUACUGCGUAUCCGGCACCUGGACUUUUUACCUUUGAUUCAAGCGGCCAAAGUGGAAAUGGCUUCAGAACUCAGGAUCUGGAAAACACCUGAAUCCCCACACAACUUCAUCACUUUCGGAUGCAGACCUAACCAUGUUUGAAUGAGAGAAGCUCUUCCCCUUGCUUGACUCCGUUAGUCACUUCUCACCAAUGUCACGGUGCAAUUUCAAUCUCACGGCAGUAUCUUGGAAGCUUUCUGAUUUCCUUAUUACAUACUUGUGCUUCCCUUUCCCAUCUCUUAUCUUCUCUCCUUUUCGAAAACGUCAAUCUGAAGAUCUUUUCAUCCAUACGUUAGGUUAGUUAGCUGUCUGUCUUAUCCAGGAUACGCCCAGUUGCUGUCCGGUCUACUCCUUGACAAGUGCAUUUUUCUUUUAGCUCCCUUCGCAUUCCAAGGACUUGACCCGCCGAGAUCGUUGAAUCACAUUGCUGAGAAUGACACAAUCAUUGUCUCUCGCUGUGUUUGCAGCUGCGGCACUUUUUGCGACUAAGGGUCUUGCGAGCAACUUUACCGUUAGCAAUGGCCAGAUUUUCACCCCUGGUUUUGUUAUCGUCGAUUCCCCCCAGCCGGACACGCCUCUUGGCGGAGACAAUGUCGAGAUUGCGCUCGAUGUUUCUGCCAAUGGCAAGCUUCCUCUACCGCCCUACGGCGACGACGCUUCCAGCCAAAUCUACAACAUCAACAUCUUCCUUUACAGCUACGUAACGGGCCGAAACUUGACCAUCACCAACGGUACUGCGUCGGCCAACAAUGCCACACUCGGUGAUAUCAUGCUCUCCGAGCCUGGUAGCACCGUGAAGCAUGUCCGGUGGACAUGGCCCGACUGCAUGGUUGGCGAUGGUACGAAUGGGAACGAUCGUGGCAGUUACAAUAUCUCCAUCCACCAACGCUUCAGACUCAAUGGCGAGAACCACUACACGAUAUUUGAUCUUCCCGUCUCUGUGACCAACAGCAUCAGCAAAAGCGACGACCGCCCGUCUUGCCAAUCACUUGAUAACCCGUUACUGGCGCCCGAGGACAUCGAUUGGACAGACACUAACGAACUCGGCGCCCUCUUUGCUCCUGGUGAUUCGACGGUUAUUGAGACGUCGAAUGUUGGUAGUGGUGCUGGGCUGGCGAGCUGCAAGCAUGCACUUAACUUGUUGUGUGUGGUGGGCAUUAGCUGUGCUCUGUUGUUAAGCUAGGCUCUAGACUUGCUUGUCGUCCAAUAAUCAAAAAGGUGGCUGUGAGAUGACAUAGAAUCAUCUGCAAGGAUACCAAAACACCACGUACUCUUCAUGCAUAUGUUCUUUUUGAAAUCAUAUAUUUGCUCUGCGUG